AUGCUAGGAUGGAUGGAGCCGGAGGUGUUCAGUGGUUACACACACACAGUGGUUGCACAAAGCGUGAUAGUCCGUGCGGUGUGGUCUUGGCAGCGAUAUAACAUCAACGCGUCUCUCUCCCUUCCUCUCUUCCCUCCCCAGACAUCACGACACGGGGAUCUCAGUGACGACACAAAGAGAGCACACUACCGCCGUCGCUCCCUCCCCGGAGCGGAGCCGACGCACAUGGGUGACCACGAACAGAGAUCGGAGAGCAUCCCCAUCGUCGCGAUGUCCAUCCGCCUAGCUCGAGCUCGCAGCCCCCUCCCCACGCCACCUCCAUCUCCUCGAUUCCUCACGGGACCUACGGAGACCGAUACUGCUGAUGUGGCCGUGACUAGUGGUUUUCAAUCUGAUGCUGAGCGUUUCUCUCUCUCUGGCUUCCUCUCUGUCGCGUCUCGUGUAUGGGGAUUGGUGUGUGCUGUGUGUGUGUGGUGCGGUUGCGGCCCGAGCGACGCACAAAACUUUGCCUGGUGA